UUGCCUGCCUCGUGAAAUAUGGACGUUGGAUACUUGGAGGUUUUCAACAAACUAUGGCAUCAUUCUCAGAUUGAAUGGGCGGAAAGAGGCCCGAAAAAAACAUUUAUAAAGGAUUUUUUCAAUGAAAUCUCAAGCUUUGGCUUCAUUUCAGUCGAAGAUAUACUACUUUGUCUUGUUCUUGGCGUGGCUUUCACCAUAUUGCGGUAUUUGAUGUCCACAGUGAUCUUCGAGCCUUAUUUUAAAUGGUGUCAGUUCUCUGAAAAAGAUCAAAAGAAGUCUCCUGAAAAUGCUUUCAAGUUUUUAUUUUACUCCUGCGCUUAUGGCUACUGUACCUACAUUCUGUUUAAUGGAAAAUACUACUUUUUCCAAGAUACAAGAAACUGCUGGAAAGGAUGGUAUAAAGGAAUGCCAGUUAAUCAAGACAUCUACAUCCUGUAUGUGGUACAAAUUGGGUUUUAUUUCCAUUCCAUUUAUGCUACAUUGUUUAUGGAUCAGUGGAGAAGGGAUUCCAUUCUCAUGAUUGUACAUCAUGUUCUAACAAAUGGCCUACUUUUUUUCUCAUUCGCUGUAAGGUACCACAGAAUUGGUGUUAUAGUUUUGUUUCUCCAUGACAUUUCUGAUGUUUUUCUGGAGUUCAGCAAACUCUGCGUUGCUUUCAAGUCACGUGGAGGAAAAUAUCAUCUGAUGCCUGAUAUACUCAGUGUUGUUGGAGUUUCUUGUUUUGCUUUGGUAUGGUUAUAUUGUCGCCUGUACCUCUACCCACUGAAAGUACUUUUUUCUUGUGGCUGUGAUGCUCGACCAGUCCUUCCUGCUGCUCCUUUCUACUUCUUUUUCAAUGCAAUGCUAUGGGCAUUAUUUUUCAUGAACAUUUGGUGGUUUACAUUUAUUGUGUGGCUCCUAGUUCGCAUUAUUGUUGGAAAGAGCACUGGUGUGGAAGACACCCGUGAGAUCCCUGAGCAAUCAGAGAAAGAGAAACAGCUUGCUAAUGGAGAGAACAUAGCAAAUGGAGAACUACAUGAAUCAGCUGGUGAUAAAGCUGUUCUCAUGUAUAAUGGUAAUGGUAUCAAAAGAACUGGAGAAAAUGGUGAACAUGUUGUUCAUGACAAUGAGCAAUUCCGACACAGGCAAGCACACACUAAAAAAGCCAGUCCAUAGGAUGAAUCUCGCAGGUGAAACAGGCCACUAGCAUACCAAAACUCCCACAUGACCACAAUUUGGAUAAAAUUGUGCUCCAUACCACUGAGAAGUUUAAAAGAUGUGAAUAACUUCCAUAGUGUGUUACUGUGUUAACAGUUUGCUUGCUUCAAUAUGAUUAUGCAACUUUCGUCAAUACUUGUAACGAGCAACUAAUAUUUUGUCUGACAGUUCUUGACAUUAGAGUAAUAACUAUUAUUGCAAUGAUUGUGUUUGGUUUGUAAAAUGUUAUCCAAUUGUUGGUUUAAAAAAGUGUGGUGAGCCUCUUCUAAUAAUAUUACAACAAAGAAUAUAUACAGUUAUGUAAAGUCUGCACGCCGUAAGUGAUAUCUAGUUCUUUAAAUAGUAACAUGAUUGUACGUGGCUGUGGAUAUGACCCAAGAACUAAACGUAUUGUGCAUUGAAUUUGUUUUUUUUGUUUUUUUUUUUCUUUUUUUGACAAAAUUUUAGUAAGUGCAGUCCAAUCGAAUAGAACGUUUUUGUUAACGUGUUGGGAAUGUAUGUGCAGUCAAGUUAAUAAGUUAAAUAUUAAGUAAAAUCUUAAUGAUAUGGUUCGAUAGGAAAUUUAUACGUCUUUUGAAUUCAUAACUAGCUACAUGUAUAUUCUUGGAUAAAUAAUUUUUCAAGGAAUAUAUUUAUCAAGGCAUGGGUGUAAUGUGAGGAAUGGUAGAUUUCUUAACAAGGCAAUUGCAGAAUUACUACUUUGGGAUAGUUUUACAAUUGUGUCUUUGUUAGUUGAUUCAUAUUUUGAAUUUAGUAAACGUUCAAGUAAAACUCCAUCAUCAGUCAUCAUUACCUUUACCACAGUAUUUUCAGUGUUCACAUUUUGUAUGUUAAUUUUCGUCUACUCCAGUUAUGCAUCACGUGAUCUUUAUGAGCACAACAAAGUAAAUUUUAAUUUACUGACGAGAAAUGGCCAUUAGCAUUUCGCCAAAUCACAUACAAAGCCUAUAUUUUAUUCUUCGUUUAUUGUGAAAUAGAAAGGAAUUUUUGCGUCAUUUGUUUGUUUGUUUGUUUGAUUUUUUUUUUUUUGUCUCGUCACUUUCGUCAGAAACUGAAUGCAACGAAAAACCAACGCAGUUACAAGAAAAGAGGCAAGAGGACAGUGUUGUAAAUAAGAACACUGCUCAGGACCAGGAGCUCCGAUAGAUUUAAGUAUCUCACUGCAGUAAAAGUUUGAAGCCUUUUUGUCGUAAAAUUUCAUAUCAUCUGGUCUUUAUAUCUGAGAAUUAUUUUAUAAAUAACUAUUUUAUUACAAAAUCCAAUUGCUGUUUUAUUUACGUGGCAGGACUAAACCUUUCAAUGGAACUGAGUACUGAUAACUUUGACAGGGCUAACAUGGUUAUUUUUCUCCAUUUGACAGCUUGUGGUUUCUUUUGUGAACGCAUUUAUUUCAGACAACAAGUCACACGUGUGAUAUGUAGGCAUCAUACGAUCGAUGUUUUGAAAACUGAUGGUUUCCGUCCGAGAGAUUACAGUCCAGAAUCUUGUUACAAGUUAUUAUUAUUAUUAUUAUUAUUAUUAUUAUUAUUAUUAUUAUUAUUAUUAUUAUUAUCCAAUUACAAAAAUCAGAAGUAAUUGGAACAAAUCAUUAUCACUGUUUAUGAACAAAUCGAAACUUACAUGGUCAGGAUAUUUCAUUCUGAUAACCUCCGAGGUACCAAUGUACUACGUUAGAAAGGAAAACUAAAGCCGGCGUCAUGAAAUUUGCACCUUAGAACAGAAAUUUAUUUUCUCAUUUUAUAGGUAUGAAAGAUGUACCUACAUACAUGUGCAUAUAAAAGAAACUAUACUAAGAAAAAUCUACAGAAAUUUAAUUUAAAGGUAAAGUUGUCUAUCGCGAGCUCUGGGAGUUUGAACAUUGUGGUAAACAUCUGGAAUUUGUCAACUCAAAUUCCGGAUCCAUCGUUUAGUAAAGUUUAAUGAUUCGUAAUCAUUAAUUAAUAACUGAUUACAUAUUAGAUUGAAGUAUAUUUCUGUAACAUUGGUUAAUUAUAAGGUAGCAUUGUUUUGCUAGAUGGAGCUAGGUUUCAGGAUAUGAAACAGUGAUUACUUGAGGGAUAUUUCAGUUAAUUGAAAUAAGUGCUAAUAAUCUUGGAAGGGUGACCUUAUUACGAAGAUGAAUUUUGUCGCUGUAGCUAAUAUUAUUAGAAAUCAAUGUCACGAAGUAAAUGAAUUAAAGUAAUGGUAGUGUUAUGGUA